AUGGCACCAACAUCCAUCAACAUCCAAGGCCGAGCCAAACUGCACAAGCUCGCCGAGCGCGCCAAACUCGAUAUCUCCGUCUCAUCAUCUAAAUACAGCCAGACAGAGGCGUCCAAGAACGUCAUCGAGGCCAUCAACGCGGUCCAAACCCACCUGGACCAAACACUCUGCCCACGGCUGGAGAACGGCGACAUCUCCACCGAGGCACCGGUGAGUUUCUACUCGAUCGGGUCACUGACGACGUCCAACGACGACGAGUAUGACGACGACCACAACAAGACCGGCAAGCGCCUGUACAGCGCCACAUGCAGCCUGGACGUGCGGUUCCGCGACUUCAAGGGGCUCGGCGACGCCGUGGUGAAGUGGGCGAGCGAGCCACAUGUCAGCCUGCAGGGGAUCGAGUGGCUCCUGACGGAAGAGUCUCAGACGGCCCUGGAGGAGCAAGCGAAGCUCGUCGCGCUGCGCCACGCCAUCAGUCGUGCCCAGGGCUAUGCGGACGUCAUUGGUCGGAGGACCGUCACGCCCGUCAAGAUCGAAGACACCCAGUAUAUGUUCGGUGAGGCGAGGGUGAUGCAGGCCGCGAGGAAAAUGGCUUCGACCGCCAGUUUUGGCAUUGGUGUCGGCCUUGACUUUGAGCCCCAGCAAGUCGAGGUUAAUGCUACGCUAGAUGUAGAGUUUCACGCUGAGUGA